AUGCAUUCUCUCCUCUGUUACCACUUAGCACUGGCCAUGUGCCAUAUCCUGUCCUUGCAAUUGGGGUUGGAGCAAGGAAUACUUAAGGGUUUUGGUCAACCCUCCCCGAGACAGGCCAAUUCCCUCCAACCCUUGUAUAAAUAUGUAGUUCUUAUGUAUCUUAAAAAUAGCACAGCACCCAGAUUGAUUCACAGAAAGAUUAUUCACGAUGUGGAUCUCUGGAAUCCAAGGCCUGCCUCUUGAGGUCACUGUUGUUGGAUGUUAUAACUUGGAGGAUAAAGAAUGGAUAUCAAGACAAGAUCCUUAUGUCUGUCUUGAAUAUGGAAGUACCAAGUACCGAACAAAAACUUGUACAGAUGGAGGUAAGAAUCCCACUUUCCAAGAGAAGUUCGUUUUCCCACUUAUUGAAGGCCUACGGGAACUGAAUAUUGUGGUCUGGAAUAGCCACACCCUUUCAGCUGAUGAAUUCAUUGGCUCUGGAAGGAUUCAACUUCAUAAAGCCCUAUCCCAAGGUUUUGAUGAUGCUACGUGGCCGCUUGUGAAUAGAACUGGCAGGCACUCAGGAGAAGUCCGACUCAUAUUGCACUACUCAACUGCUCACCUAAGUGAGAAAGCCAAGACAAAAUUAGCUCCAACAGCUCCCCAGUAUGCAACGCCAUCUAGCGCCUUGAGCCAGCUCCUACCUCAAGGUUCCGCACCAAUGGCACCUUCAGCUCCUUAUUACCCGCCAACCACGGCGUACACUUGUCCAUCUUCAUCUCCUUACACUCCAUAUCCUCCUCAGACAACAACAUAUUCUCCCAGUCCCACCCCUCCACUUGGCUAUCCUCCACAGACAUGCCCUCCUCCUCCUCCACCCUCAAUCUACCCUCAACACACUUACCCUCAGCUACCCUCCGUUUAUCCUCCACAACCGUACUCACCUCCUCCUCAGCCUCAGGCCUCAUCUUACUAUCCUCCAGGUCCUCCAAGUGGAAUCUAUCCACCCCCACCAUACUGACCUCGACGGUCUAAGUGUUCGUUUUUUCAGGAUUCGUGAAAGCAGCAUCCUUACUUAGCGGAAGAAUCCAUUUUUAGAAGAUAAUGAGUUUGUAAAAACCAAUUUAAUUAUUCUCUGCUUUUAAGUUUAAGUUUUAUUGCGUGGUGUUGGUAAUUCGAACCUUAACUAAACAUUUCGCUGAAAGUUUUAUUCCUUUGUUUAAUAUAUUUUAUCGCCGGAGAACAAAUUAUU